AUGUGGAGGGGCAGCCAUCGUCGUUGGUAUAGCUGUCGUCAGGCACGUUCCUCACCACGUACACCAGCGCUGGGGGCAUUGUGGAGUGCGCGCCGCAUGCGGCACUCGCCGGCGCUGGAGCGUGGCGCUGGCGACUUGAGGGCCGUGGUGCGACUGCCGCGUGGCAUGUCCCCGUUUCAGCUGUCUCGCGCUACUGUGCGGCUGGGGCAGCAGCGCGACGCUGUGGAAUCUCGCCCUGACGGUGGUAGCCACAUUGAUCAUAGCCUAUCCCCUUCCACUACCGUCGAAGGUGCCCCCUCGUCGUCCGCGCAGCCAAGCGAGCAGCUAGCGCCGUGGCCAGUCGACGCCUUCGAGUUCAACGCCGUUGCGGCACACGGCGGACACGACGUUCGUCUAGCCUGGGACGCCAUUUUUUCCUCCUCCGACUCGGCCACUGCUGACGCUAGCGGCAACGAGAGUGCCACAUCCACACUGACGGGUGCCGGCGCUGUGCGUGAUGCGACAUCAUCAUUGCUCGACACCGCGUCUCGGACGAUACCGAAGCUGUCUCUUGUCACUCUCGACACGAUUCGGCAGCUAAAGAUAGCAGAGGAGACGGCAGAGGCGCAGGCGGCGCUGCGCGGUGGCGGUUGGGUGUGCACGGGAUGCUGGGCGAUUGUGCGCGCAGACUGCAGCGACAACACGAGUAGCGGUGCGUCCGACUCAACUGGUCUCUCAUCCUUCCCCCGCACCAUCUGCCCUGCGUGCCGCACACUGCGCCACGACGCGCGCAUGUGGUCGUGCACAGUGUCUCUGCGUCGUCGGCCCGAUCUCUGGCAAUGCAGAUGCUGUGGAGAGGCAAACACGCGUGCUGCCGCGAACUGCCGCUGCUGCGGGGUAGCACGCUCAGCAAGCAUUGACACAGCGAAUGAUGAUCAGGAGGAGGCUUUCGUGCGCAUGACGAUCGCCGUCGAAGUGGACUCAUACCCGAUCGGGCAUGUCGUCGUCACGCGAAACCGCACGACGCGCUGGCGCUGCGGGGCUUGCCGGGAGGUCAACUCCCUGCAGAUGGCGGUGUGUCGCCACUGCGCACGCGAGCGGUUUGCUGUCACGGUAAGCUGCCCCACAUGCGAUGCCCCGCGUGUUUUGUCAAACGCGGUGGUGCUUGGUGGCGGUGGGGCUGACGCACACUUGACAAGAGGGUCCGACAGCCACGCAGUGCUAGACACCGUCUCCCCGUCAUCUGCUGGUACCGCUGAUGCCUCUGGGGGCGGUCACACGGCCACGCCACACCCCUCUGCACGCGUCUUUGGCCCCGAAAACUGCUAUUCCCCGAACUCGACGCAGCUCACCUGUCUACAAUGCCGCAGCCCUCUCCAUGGCGGCCGCGUGACCACCGUGAGCGCAACGCCGUCGUGGUGGUGCGCAUGCGGGGUUGUGAACACCAUGACGGCGUACAGCUGCGUUCGUUGUCGUCUGCCGCGUGCCUUGGAGUGCCCUGAGAAGUUGCGAGCUCUUCUGCGGAGCGCCGUAGCGGAUAGUGUCUCAGCGUCACCGCCUCUGCCGGCACAGGAUCCCGGUGCUGCACCCGACUGUUCUGAGGCAUCACCGAAGUGGGACUUCAGGUCUUGCACGAACUGGAUGUGCGACAGCUGCUGCGGCGUGAACACUGCUUCAUAUCAAGUGGUCGCGGAGAGUAGCUUGUCGUCUUUCUCGGACGCGGCCUGCCCCGACCACACGAAGCGCGGUCGUCGGCUGUGGAUGCGGCACGGCGACGCAGAGUGUCGCCAUUGCGGUGCCCCGUGGCAUCAUCAAGUCUUGCUGGAAAGCAACUCCUGGCGCUGCGCGUGCCACGCGCUCAACUCGCGCGCCGACGCCUUUUGCACGAGCUGCGGGCUUCCGGCGCUGGAUGGGGUUCGGCCGGACAUGCUUUCCUCCUGGUCUAAGGGGGACUGGCGAUGCCCAUCGUGCGGCAGCCUUUGCUACAGAAGUCGACAGCGGUGUUCCUGCGGCACACCUCGCCCACCGGCACGGCUCGGCGGUGCGACAUGA